AUGAUCCAAUUCGCAAAAGAUAACGAUGAUGAUCCAAAUUCAUUAAUGGAUAUGACUAGAAGAGAAAGAUUAAUAAGUGAGGAAAUUAUGAUCCAAUUGCAUGAGGAUAAGGGUAACCCCCAACCAAGGAGUUAUAACGAUGAUGAAUGGAUAGAAAAAAUAUCGAUACUUCAAGAAAAUGAAUACCUAUGCAUGUCAGCUAUUACAACGUUACUCAUUAAAAAUCACGAUCUAACCACAAAAAUGAAUGAAUCAGAACUUAGUAAAUAUACCCCCGAAUUUCUUAAAAAUCUUACAGAUGAUAGAAAGAGAGACCAGGGGCGAAGACGUCUUCGGGACAGAUAUGGAUUCAAUGAUAAGCAAAUAUCUAUAUUAAUUCCAGCCCAAAAAGGUGGACGACCUAAAGAUCUUAGUGAAAAGGACACAAACGCCGAAUGUGUAAAAUUAGUUAAAACCGCAAUGAAUGAAAAUGCAGGAUCUUCUAGGUUGUCGCGUCUUAGAAGAGAGUUGCGAAUUCUUGGUGCAUCUACUGCAAUAAUUGAAGCAACAAAGAUACCUGAAAUCACAAGAAAAGCUAAUGAGAUUCAAAAAGAACAAAGACAGAAAGCGGAAGAUGCUGGAAAUAUUGAAUAUCCAGACCAUUUUUUGAUAGAAUCCGUUAAAGAAAGAUUGGGUUCAUAUGAUAUUAAAACUUUACCAGAUAUACAAGCUCUCGCCGAUGUAAUGAUAAUGCUUUGUAUCCGCCCUGCUGAACUUAUAACUUUACGCAUUGCUGAUACAGGAGUAACUGGGUAUGCUAAAAAUCGUGACCAGCAAGAUAUUCCUUGA